AUGGCUCUUCGGAGUAUUACUUCAAAAAGAAGAUUAGUGAAAAAUACUGCUGCACUUCCACCAAGAUCUGCCCAUCCAAAUGUGAAAUUUACUUGUACAAGCCAAGAACCAAUGGUAAUAGAGAAUUUACCUUUUGAUAAAUAUGAAUUAGAACCUAGUCCUUUAACUCAAUAUAUUCUAGCAAGAAAACAGCCUACAGUAUGCUGGCAGAUAUUUGUAGCUAAUAGUUCAAAAAGUGGAGAAAUUGGUCACCCAUUCGGGUAUUUGAAAGCUAGCACAAAUUUGAGUUGUGUCAACAUGUUUGUAAUGCCAUACAAUUAUCCUGUGUUAUUACCUUUACUAGAAGAAUUAUUUAAAGUACAUAGAUGCAAACCUAGUAAUGACUGGAAAACACAUUUUGGAAAUUAUCUAAGAACGAUGCCACCUUAUUAUGCAGCUGUAACCAUUAAAAGAGCUUUAAUUAGAAUGGGAGCUCCUGCACCUUUAGCAUCAGCUUUAAUUACUGAUUCUAUGGAAAAUUCACUAAGUUACUUAGUUCUAAAUUAUUUGAAACGUGCUAAAACACAAGCCAAAAUCGAAUUUGAUAAACUAUGUAAUGAUGUUAUCAGCAAACAGAAUAAUGGUAAACAUGGGGUACCAAAUGAAACAGUGCGAGUUGUUGCGAGAUCUCCUUUUAAAAAGGAUCUUCUAUCGCAUCCACAGCUCCAAGACAAAUUUUCACAGUUGAGAGAACAACUUAAUGAUUUUAGUGGGUUUGUUGUUAAUUUAUCGAAAUCUCGUCAAAAAAGUAGUUGUAGUUUUAGGAAUCCAUUUGAUAUAUCACGGAGUGUUUUAUUAGAUCAGGUUGUUCGUAUGAGGGCAAACUUUUUGCAGCCUUCUUUAUCUCAUACACAAUUAAUAGAUGAUGACAGCUUGCACUCAAUGCCUGUAGGUCAAAUGGGAAAUUAUCAGGAACAUUUGAAACGAAUGACACCACAAUUGCGAGAACUUGAAAGUCAACCUGUCAGACAACACAUGUUUGGAAAUCCUUUCAAGAUAGAUAAACGAAUGAUGGUGGAUGAAGCUGAUAUAGACUUAGUUGGAUCCACAUCAAAAAGCCCCAAACGUUUAACACCAAUGGAACCUGCCUCGCCUAGAAUAAACAAUAAGCGAAAAGCUGGACCUCUUCCAAGAGACUUCCGUUUUAGUAAACCUGAAAGUCCAAUUCACGAAACAUCUUCAUACCCUUCAAGUCCGUCUUUAUCUCCCUCCUCUCAUGUUUACACUCCUGCGAGUCCUAUAUCAUCAGGAUAUUCCAACCCUGUCUUAUUACCUCCUGUGUAUACAAUGAGCUCUGAAUUGAUUGCAAGUUUAGGGACUCCAGUCGUUACAAUAGCGCCGAUGCAAAAUUUAGAAUCUGGCAUUGUUUCUCCCUCCUGGUCAUCUUUAGGUUCUUCAAGCUUGUCCACAUCAAUUCAGACGUCAAACAAUUUACUUAAUCCUCUUGAUGAUAUCGAUCUACUUAAUCCUAUGAGCAGUCAAGAUUUGCAAGAUAAUGGUGGCAGAUUACAAAUAGAUUAUAGAUUUGUAAAUGGAGAUAGUAAAAACGUUCAAGCAGAAUCUACAAGAUCUCCUUCACCUACACUGCCUUAUAAUCCUGAACCAGGAAAUGGUGAUCGACCACUUCCAACAUAUUCUAAUCAUGUUAAAAAUAGUAGCAGUAUUGCAAAUUUAAGUCAAGAAAAACAAAUAUCAAUGAUACUUCAAGAAGUUAAUUCGAAUGGUGGAGAUUUUACUAAACGAUCUGGUUCAAUUAGUAAUAGUAAAAAGUCUACUAAUGGACCUGUGGAGGAGGCACCACGAAAAAAAAAUACAAAGCAGGAUUUGUUAGAUAUUAAAAAACAUAAUUUGUCGGUUAGGAAGCUAGUUUACAAAGAAGUUCGGAGACCUGGGAGAAAUUUUGCUCCACUAUUCGAUCACCUAGAAACUAUGCAAGGAACCUUAGAUGUCCGAGUUCUCUUAGUGAAAGAAAUCAUUAAGGAAUGUUUACGAUUUAAAAGAAAGACAUUAGCUAGUUUGUUAGAGGAAUUUUUAAAAAGAAUCCAGAAUGGAUUACAACCUAAAUUGAAGGAUCUUUAUCAAGCAGUUGCCAACAAGAGCUUAGUGUGAUACAUACUGAUAAUUGUUUUUAAUAUAUUUUUUAUUACAUUGUUAUAAAUAAAUAUUAUGAAAAUAUUUUUCAGAUUCUAAUAUGUUGUAAAUUAUUGUACAUAUUGUGUAGCUGAAUCUAGUUCAUUGACGAUAAAAUUGACUUGUCAUAUGGACAUACUAUAUAGAAAUUGAGACAUUGUAUACACGUUGACACAUUGUAUAGAGAAAUUGUAUAUGUACACACAUUAUGA